CUUGUCCCUCCAAACCUAUUGAUGGAUAAAAUAAACAUGGUCUCCAAAGUCCCUCUCAUCCACAAUGCCCACUACCGCCGAUCCGGAAUUAAAUCCUACGCCUACUUAAUCCGCAAAUACGGCAUCCGUCCCUCUCGAGAUGGUCCUUAUUUCAUCGGUCGUACGAUCCACCAGACCGGUCGGCCCUUCACGACCAAACCAGUCGGUGGCAGGGUUCGCUUCCGCGAUGUGAUGCAGAAGCAAUUCUCCGAGAAGGACCUGCAACAGGUAGACGCCGAGGACAUCCAGAACGACAGCAUGUAUUUCGUUUCCGUCUCCAUCGGAUCCCCUGCGCAGUUCCUGGCCCUUGUUCCUGAUACGGCGUCAACUGAUGUCUGGGUACGGUCGACUUCCCAGUCGCAGGGGGAUCGUAAGAUUUACGACCCGGUCAAAUCAAGCACCGUCUCGAUUGACGAGCAAGCUGCGUGGAAGGUCUCGAACUUGGAUAAUUCCUCGGCCUCUGGCUCCGCUGCAACCGACCAUGUCACCCUUGGUGACUUGACGAUUAAAUCGCCCCAUGUUGCCAUCGCAGACACCAUGUCCUCGGGAUUCGACCAAGCCACAGCAGACGGCGUACUAGGACUAGCAUUCGGAAGUAUAUCCAACGUUCGCCCCGAAGCCAAGAGCCUAGUCGAGACUUUGCUCGUUCAAGACGAUCUACCAGCCUCUACCAAACUCUUUACCGCGAAAUUCAGUCCCUCGGGUGACUCCGACUCAGACACGCCGUUCUUUACAUUCGGGGAGAUCGACAAGCCCACUGGAGAAGAUAUCCACUACACACCCAUUGACAAGCAGCAUGGUUUCUGGAGUGUCGAAUCCACUACCGCAAACGUAGCAGGGACAUCCAUCGACCGACCCGGGAAUCGAGCCGUCGUUGACACCGACGCAGCUCUGACCUUGCUCGAGGACACGACAUGCCAGGCUAUCUAUGAUGCUAUCCCAGGCGCGUUCUACGAUGGCGAAAGCCAGGGAUUUCUGUUCCCGCGAGAUACGGAUCGCGAUCAACUGCCGACGAUUGAGCUAGAUGUUGGAGGAAAGCUGUUUAGCAUCCCGAAGGGUAGUCUGGGAUUCUCUGAGGCUAAGCCUGAGUUUGUAUAUGGAGGGGUCCAGAGUCGUGGGUCGUUGGAGUUCGAUGUCCUGGGGCUUGCGUUCUUGGAGGGGAUAUAUGCAAUCUUUGAUGUUGGUAAUCUUCGAUUUGGUGCAGCGCAGGUCGCGAAUUAAAUGUCGCUGGCGUCGACUCAACUAUCAAACGACGACCGAUCAAUCAUUGACAGUUCUAUAGACCUAGUGCUGCCUCAACGCUCUAUGAGAUAGGAGUCAUAGGAUUAGCAUUCUAUUGCUUUUUGUAUACAUCUUGAAUUUGAUCUGAUAGGAAAUAGCUCUCAUAGUACAAGGAACAUGCAAAAAGAAAAUUGAGUUAG